AUUCACUAUCUAUGAGUCCAGAAAUCUGUCCGCGGACUGUGAAAUUGUAUCAAGCGACUCGGCCGAAAGACUUCAGCCACCAACUUUCAUGGAGCGACAACCCCGUCGGCGUCGAAGACCAGCCUUGGCAUGUCUUGACUGCAAGCGCCGAAAAAUCAAAUGCGAUCGAAAUAAUCCUUGUGGCCACUGUAUUUCGACCAGGAGCCAAUGUACCUACGCAAUUUGGAGCAAGGAAAAUGAAUCUGUGGUCAGGCACCCACCUCCACAGAGCAGCGGCUCAACAACAACUCCAUCGGUCUAUGCAUCCUCGCCUACAGCUCAAUACUUAGGUAUUGGCACCAAUCUAACGAGCACAGAUAGUGCUAGCCUUGAGCAUCAAUCGUGGUCGGGAAUUCUAGAAGCAGCUAGACAGAAUGACAUUCAAGACAACCCUGGAUCUAACAAUACUUCAUCACUCGAAGUCACCAAUGAUGAACCAGAUCUCUGGAGUCUGUUACAGCGAAUACAAAAGCUGAAAUCUUCCUCGCCAUCCAGUUCUAUUCAUGAGUUGUCUGAGAAUGGUCGGGAUAUACUUGCUCGCCAAGCUGGACUUCAUGACUCCCAAAUUGUUCUGAAUAAAACUAGGAUGAUGGGAUGGAGCCACUGGAUGGGCAUUGCUCAAGAGUUUACACCCAUCAUUACCUGUUUCACCAAGGCUUGUAGCAAAGAAAAGCACUCCUCACAUCAAGGCACCGAGACUGAAAGUCUGAUUUUUGAGAUGGGCGAUCUUCUUCACAGAUGCAAAACUGUUGCAAGGGUGUUGAAAAUAGGGCGGCCCAGUAGACACCUCACGGGUCCUGAUUUGGGCGUUGCCAUGCCUUCCCGUGAAGUUGCAGACACGAUGGCAGCUCUUUACUUCGAGUCAUUUGAGUCGACGCACCGCAUACUUCAUGUGCCUACCUUUUGGACAGAGUAUCGGAGAUAUUGGAGCCACCCCGAAACUGUCACCACCGGCCUUCGACUCAAGAUUCUUCUUGUCAUUGGAAUAGGGUCGAGUCUGUGCGAGCAUGGAGAUUCAGGUCAUGAAUUUCGAAAUAUGGUUCAUCAGUGGAUAUAUGCGGCUCAAACCUGGCUAUCUGGUCCCUUAGAGAAAGACCGCCUGAACAUCACAGGGAUUCAAAUCCACUGUUUAACAAUCUUAGCGCGACAAAUCUUCUCAAUAGGCGGUGACUUGGUGUGGAUGUCGAUGGGGUCUCUUGUCCAUAGGGCGAUGCAAAUGGGACUUCAUCGAGACCCCAAGAAUCUUCCAGCAAUUUCUUUACUGCGAGCUGAGGUUCGCAGAAGACUCUGGGCUACAAUACUUGAGAUGAUAGUACAGUCAUCUUUGGACUCAGCAAUGCCACCUAGAAUUUCUUUCGACGAGUUUGACACCGAGGCGCCUUCUAACCUUAACGACAAUGAGAUACAUGAGUCUAUCAUUGCACUUCAAUCUCAUCCCAAAGAGUCUUACACUACGACAUCAAUACAGAUUAUGCUUCUUGAAGCACUUCCAACCCGUCUCCAGGUCCUCCAGCUUUUGAAUGGCUUGCAUUCUGAACUCUCUUUCUUGGAUGUCCUCAAGCUCAGCUCGGAAAUCACCGAGAUCUGCCAAUCAUGCACCAGUUUCAUGAAAAAGCAUUCGCAUUCUGGUGUGACAGCCUUUCACCGAAAUUUGACUGAUUAUCUAUUGCGUCGGUUUCUCAUCCCUCUACACUGCCCAUUUGCCAGCAAAGCGCGAACAAACCCAUUGUUCCACUAUUCGCUAAAGAUCAGCUUGGACACUGCUAUGGCAAUCAUCUCUCCAGAACCGGACGAAAGGUUCUCCCGUAUUAUGGCUAUAGGAGGUGGCCUAUUCAGAGAAGGCUUCAGAUACGCCUGCUCUGUCCUUAGUCUUGAGCUCAUUGCUCAAGCCGAGGCUCAGCAACUCGAUGGGACAUUGCAUCGCAACUCCCACUACAGACAUAUUCUCAAGCAAGCAGUGAAAAAUAUGAUUUCUUUCUCCUCAGAGCGCAUACAACAAGCUGAGACCAAUAUCAAGGCUCACAUGUUCUUGAGUAUGGUCCUGGCCCAGGUCGAGGCAAUGGAAGCGGGCAAGUCGUACGAGAUCGAAAUCGCACAAAGUGGCAGGGAUAGUGUGAAGUACUGUCUAGAAAUGUUACAAGCACGGACAGCCGCUGCUUCACUUCGAUCUCCCAGCGAUGCUGAUUUUCGACCAACAAUUCUUGAUGUGGAACAAGACAUUUAUGGAUUGGAUCUGGACUUUGAAUUUUUCUUGCCAGAUGCAGGCUUCUCUUAGAGCACUUUGUAUUAUGGCUUUCUAACACGCAUUUGAUUGUUCUUUCUUCUAUUUACGAUCCACCACCCGGUACUCUUUUUUAGGCGCUUGAAACCAUAAUGUGACAAUAUGUAGAGCUAGCUCGGUCAUUUGGCACAACCUCUCGGCCGAGAGUUAGGCCUUGGCACAAAUUCGGUGAUAAUCAAUUUGUCGAAAACACCGAGAAAUCAGUUUGAGGGUCAGAUAAGUCAUUGGAUUCAUCAAAGCUGGCGCUCUUGCAAUUCUUUUGAUGGAAAGCUCGUGAUCGGCCUGGUGUUAAAAGCUUUUGUCCAG